AUGGAUAUCAACUGCACACUUAUUGAGUGCAAGGACGCCAAGAACCCCGCUUGCACGCUGUUCAACUUCCUGAUCCUCGAUGCCCCGUCGUCGAGCAACCUUCCCACGUACGUGAAGGCGCUUCAGCGGCGUCAGGUGCGUCACCUCGUGCGGGUCUGCGGGCCCACGUACGACGCCGCCCUGGUGGAGAAGAGCGGCAUUGAGGUCCACAGCUGGCCUUUUGACGACGGUGCGCCGCCGCCGAAGUCCGUGCUGGAGGGCUGGUUCAGGCUCCUGGACCAGGAGAAGCAGCAGCUGCUCUCCGGUGUCUCGCCCCAGCCCGCGUCCAUUGCCAUUCACUGCGUGGCCGGCCUUGGCCGCGCCCCCAUACUUGUCGCUCUGGCGCUUGUGGAGUACGGCGGCGUGGAGCCGCUCGACGCCGUGGAACUCGUCCGCGAGAAGCGGCGGGGCGCCAUCAACCAAACGCAGAUGCAGUGGAUUAUGAAGUACAAGCGACGCUCUGGAGCGGAUGGAGGCUGCAGAGUCAUGUAA